GAGCGACGCGGCGGUGAGCCGCAGGCGGACCGGCAGGCGCGCGCUGAUUGGCGGCGCAGUCCGGCGCGCGGGCUACGGCAGCCGGCAGGGGGCGGCGGCGGCCUUUGGCCUUGAGUCCGGAGGCGGGGCCCCGGGUCUCGGGAGCGGCGAGCUGGGCGGUCUACGACCCAGGGUGCGGGCUGAGACCAUGGGCGACCGCGGCGGCACGGGCGGCUCCCGGCGCCGGAGGACGGGGUCGCGGCCCUCGAGCCAGGGCGGCGGCGGCCCCGCGGCGGCAGAAGAAGAGGUGCGAGACGUGGGCGCUGGAGGGGAUGCGCCGGCCCCGGACAAGGACGGAGGCGCCGCCGUGGGCAGCGGCCCCUGGGAUCUGAGGUGCCACCGCUUGCAGGACUCUUUGUUCAGCUCGGACAGCGGCUUCAGCAACUACCGUGGCAUCCUGAAUUGGUGUGUGGUGAUGCUGAUCUUGAGCAAUGCACGGUUAUUUUUAGAGAACCUCAUCAAGUACGGUAUCCUGGUGGACCCCAUCCAGGUGGUGUCUCUGUUCCUCAAGGACCCCUACAGCUGGCCCGCCCUGUGCUUGGUCAUCGUGGCCAACGUUUUUGCUGUGGCUGCGUUCCAGGUGGAGAAGCGUCUGGCAGUGGGCGCCCUGACGGAGCAGGCAGGGCUGCUGUUGCACGUGCUCAACCUGGCCACCGUUCUCUGCUUCCCAGCGGCCGUAGCCUUCCUGCAGGAGUCCAUCACUCCAGUGGGCUCCGUGCUGGCUCUGAUGGUAUACACCAUCCUCUUCCUCAAGCUCUUCUCCUACCGGGAUGUCAACCUGUGGUGCCGAGAGCGCAGGGCUAGGGUCAAGACCAAGCCUGCUUCCGCAGGUAAGAAGGCCAACGGUGGGGUGGCCCAGCGCGCUGGCACAGUGAGCUACCCAGACAACCUGACCUACCGUGAUCUCUACUACUUCCUCUUUGCUCCUACACUGUGUUAUGAGCUCAACUUUCCCCGCUCCCCCCGCAUCCGAAAGCGCUUCCUGCUGCGGCGGCUCCUUGAGAUGCUGUUCUUCACCCAGCUCCAGGUGGGGCUGAUCCAGCAGUGGAUGGUUCCCACCAUCCAGAACUCCAUGAAGCCCUUCAAGGACAUGGACUACUCGCGCAUCAUUGAGCGCCUCCUGAAGCUGGCGGUCCCCAACCACCUCAUCUGGCUCAUCUUCUUCUACUGGCUCUUCCACUCCUGCCUGAACGCUGUGGCCGAGCUCAUGCAGUUUGGGGACCGCGAGUUCUACCGGGACUGGUGGAACUCUGAGUCUGUUACCUACUUUUGGCAGAACUGGAAUAUUCCUGUGCACAAGUGGUGCAUCAGGCACUUCUACAAGCCCAUGCUCCGGCGUGGCAGCAGCAAGUGGGUGGCCAAGAUUGGGGUGUUCCUGACCUCCGCCUUCUUCCACGAGUACCUGGUGAGCAUCCCUCUGCGCAUGUUCCGCCUCUGGGCCUUCACAGGCAUGAUGGCUCAGAUCCCACUGGCCUGGAUAGUGAGCCGUUUCUUCCGGGGCAACUAUGGCAACGCCGCCGUGUGGCUGACGCUCAUCAUUGGCCAGCCGGUAGCAGUGCUCAUGUACGUCCACGACUACUACGUCCUGCACCACGAGGCCGUGGCAGCGGGGCCCUGACCAGCUCAGGCCCGCCCACUAAGCAACGCGCAGCCUGGUCCCACGGAGGGGGCUGGCUGCCCACAGCCUCCUCCGGUCUCGUCCCGGGGAGGCCUCUCUGCCCCUAUGGGGCUCCCUCCUGCCCCCUUGGCGAUGGCAGACCAGGCACAGGCCAGCGCCCUUGGAACUUGCUGUUCCUUCUAAGGAUCCAAGGAUGUCAAUAAAGUACUGUCCAGAGAGA